AUGGAGGCGGGCGGCCGGUGGCGGCACCUUCCCAGUGGGCCUAGCCUGAAGCACUUGACCGACCCCUCUUACAGGCUCCCGCGGGAGCAGCAGAAGCCCGCGCUGCAGGAGCUGACGCGGGCACAUGUUGAGUCCUUCAACUACGCCGUGCGAGAUGGCCUCAGCCACGCGGUGCAGGCCAUUCCUCCCUUUGAAUUUGCUUUCAAAGAUGAGCGCAUCUCUCUUACCAUUGUGGAUGCUGUUGUCAGUUCACCCACAGUUCCAAAGGGGAGCAUCUGCAAAGAGCUCAAAGUUUACCCAGCAGAAUGCCGGGGCCGCAGAAGUACCUACCGGGGAAAGCUGACAGCUGAUAUCAGCUGGUCAGUGAAUGGAGUCUCAAAAGGAGUCAUUAAGCAGUUUCUCGGGUAUAUUCCUAUCAUGGUGAAGUCCGAGCUUUGCAACUUGCACAGUCUGCCUCCAAAAGCCCUCAUCGAGCACCACGAGGAACCCGAGGAGAUGGGAGGCUAUUUUAUAAUCAACGGCAUUGAGAAAGUCAUCCGGAUGUUGAUUAUGCCACGGAGAAAUUUCCCCAUCGCCAUGAUAAGACCUAAAUGGAAAAGUAGAGGGCCUGGCUAUACUCAGUAUGGCAUCUCAAUGCACUGCGUGAGGGAGGAGCAUUCUGCUGUCAACAUGAACCUUCACUACGUGGAAAAUGGCACGGUUAUGUUAAACUUUAUUUACCGGAAAGAACUGUUUUUCCUCCCUCUGGGAUUUGCACUGAAGGCACUUGUCAGUUUUUCCGACUACCAGAUUUUUAAGGAGCUCAUCAAAGGGAAAGAAGACGACUCCUUCUUCAGGAACUCUGUGUCUCAGAUGUUACGGAUUGUCACCGAGGAGGGCUGUGCCACACAGAAACAGGUCCUGCGCUAUCUCGGUGAGAGCUUCCGAGUAAAGCUCAACCUUCCCGAGUGGUACCCCAGUGAACAAGCGGCGGAGUUUCUGUUUGACCAGUGCAUCUGUAUCCACUUAAGUUCCAAUACUGAAAAGUUCUACAUGCUUUGUCUCAUGACCCGGAAGCUCUUUGCUUUAGCCAAAGGCGAGUGUAUGGAGGAGAAUCCUGACAGCCUAAUGAACCAAGAAGUCCUUACACCUGGCCAGCUCUUCCUGAUGUUUCUGAAGGAAAAGAUGGAAGCUUGGUUAGUAUCUAUUAAAAUAGCGAUAGACAAGAAGGCUCAGAAGACCAAUGUAUCCAUAAACACUGAGAAUUUGUUGAAGAUUUUUAAUCUGGGAACUGACCUUACAAAACCAUUUGAGUAUCUUCUUGCUACUGGGAAUCUGCGUUCUAAAACAGGUCUUGGCUUCCUGCAAGAUUCUGGCCUGUGUGUUGUGGCUGACAAGCUGAACUUCAUUCGCUAUCUUUCCCAUUUCCGCUGUGUGCACAGAGGAGCCAGCUUUGCCAAGAUGAGGACUACCACAGUACGCAGGCUGCUGCCAGAGUCUUGGGGCUUCCUCUGCCCCGUGCACACCCCAGAUGGGGAGCCCUGCGGCCUGAUGAACCACUUAACUGCUGUGUGUGAGGUGGUCACGCAGUUUGUGUACACAACGUCUAUCCCAGCUCUGCUCUGCAACUUGGGGAUGACGCCGGUGGAUGGGGCUCCGCAACGACCGUACAGUGAAUGCUACCCUGUCCUGUUGGAUGGCGUCGUGGUGGGCUGGGUGGAGCAAGAGCUCGCCCCUGCCAUUGCCAAGUCGCUCCGGAACUUUAAGGUGUUGAGAGAGAAAAGAAUUCCUCCGUGGAUGGAGGUGGCCCUUAUCCCCAUGACAGGAAAGCCCAGUCUCUACCCAGGACUGUUCCUUUUUACAACUCCUUGUAGACUGGUACGACCUGUGCAGAACUUGGAAUUGGGCAAAGAAGAACUGAUUGGAACCAUGGAACAGCUCUUCAUGAACAUUGCUAUUUUUGAGGAUGAGGUUUUCGCCAGAGUUACCACACACCAGGAGCUCUUCCCUCACAGCCUGCUGAGUGUGAUUGCCAACUUCAUCCCUUUCUCUGAUCACAACCAGAGUCCCCGGAACAUGUACCAGUGUCAGAUGGGUAAGCAAACUAUGGGCUUUCCACUUCUUACCUAUCGAGACCGAUCUGAUAAUAAACUGUACCGUCUUCAGACUCCACAGAGCCCUCUAGUGAGGCCUUACAUGUAUGAUUACUAUGACAUGGAUAACUAUCCAAUCGGGACCAAUGCCAUAGUCGCUGUCAUCUCGUACACUGGCUAUGAUAUGGAAGAUGCCAUGAUUGUAAAUAAAGCCUCUUGGGAACGAGGCUUUGCCCAUGGAAGUGUAUACAAGUCUGAGUUCAUAGAUCUCACUGAAAAAAUUAAACAAGGAGACGAUAGCCUGGUGUUUGGGGUCAAGGCUGGUGAUCCACGGGUUUUGCAGAAACUAGAUGAGGAUGGGUUGCCGUUUAUUGGAGCACGGUUGCAGUAUGGAGACCCCUAUUACAGCUACGUCAACCUCAACACCGGGGAAAGCUUCGUGGUGUACUACAAGAGUAAAGAACACUGUGUGGUGGACAACAUCAAGGUGUGCAGUAAUGACUCGGGGAGUGGGAAGUUCAAGUGUGUGUGCAUCACCAUGCGAGUCCCGCGCAACCCCACCAUUGGAGAUAAGUUCGCCAGCCGGCACGGGCAGAAGGGCAUCUUAAGCAGGUUGUGGCCCACUGAGGACAUGCCCUUCACUGAGAGUGGGAUGGUCCCCGACAUCCUGUUCAAUCCGCACGGGUUCCCGUCCCGCAUGACUAUCGGCAUGCUGAUUGAGAGCAUGGCUGGGAAGUCGGCGGCCCUGCACGGCCUCUGCCAUGACGCCACCCCCUUCAUCUUUUCGGAGGAGAACUCAGCCCUAGAAUACUUCGGUGAGAUGCUGAAGGCCGGGGGCUACAACUUCUAUGGCACCGAGAGAUUAUACAGCGGCAUCAGCGGGCUGGAGUUGGAGGCUGACAUUUUCAUCGGUGUGGUUUAUUAUCAGCGCCUGCGACAUAUGGUCUCCGACAAGUUUCAGGUCCGAACCACCGGAGCCAGAGACAAAGUCACCAACCAGCCUAUCGGGGGAAGGAACGUCCAGGGUGGGAUCCGUUUUGGGGAGAUGGAGCGAGAUGCGCUUCUGGCACACGGUACCUCCUUCCUCCUCCACGACCGGCUCUUCAACUGUUCGGACCGUUCGGUGGCGCACGUGUGUGUCCAGUGCGGUAGCCUGCUCUCCCCACUGCUGGAGAAGCCGCCCCCUUCCUGGUCCACCACGCGCAAUAGGAAAUACAAUUGCACCCUCUGUAACCGCAGUGACUCCAUUGACACAGUUUCCGUGCCUUACGUUUUUCGCUACUUUGUAGCUGAACUGGCAGCAAUGAACAUCAAGGUGAAGUUGGACAUUGUUUAACUUGACGCCGGCCUUUUCUUUUUUAAGAGAUGCAUCCAUUAAGGUGUAAGUUUGAUUUGGGGACGGUAGCCGUUUAUUUUGGAUACUCGAUCCUUUUCAGAGGUGUUAGUGCUCUGGAUCAAGACUUUGGCAACUGACAGUUCCAGGCUUCUGAGUCUGGUAUAAACGGGUCAGCUCGUUUUCAAGUAGAUUCCAAAGAAUGCCUGGGUGGCGCAAACAGCUAAGCAAUUGGCUACAAGCUGAAAGGUUGGCAGUUCAAAGCUGCCCAGAGGCACCUUGGAAAACAGGUAUGGCGAUCUCUUUCUAAGAGAAAAUCGAGCUGUUCCGCUGUGUGUCUUAGGGGACACUGUGAAUCCAGACUCGCACAAAGGCCACUAACAACAAUGCUGAUGCACAGGAAUUAGAGUCCAUUGAAUCAGUGCGUUUGUUUUGAAAAAGACUUGUCAUCUUUUAAGAUGGUGAUGGAUAAACAGAAAGCUCUGUUUCCCAACCAGCCCUCUCAGGUUCCCUGCCCCUGGGCAUGGCUUUCACGUGUUUGUUCACCUCUGGAGAGCAAAGUGGUCAUGCAGAAAGAGGCACAAGACAAACGACAUGUGGUUUGAUAGCCGUUGUGUCCACAUGAAAGAAAGAAAAUAGUAUUCUCACAUAAUAAAUGUCUUCCCAACGUGUAUAUUUUAAA